GAGCCCCUCCUGCCCAAGAAGGAGAGCAUCAGCCCAGCGGACGGAGGGAAGCGGCGGGGCUCGCACGGCGCCUGCUGAGCUCUCACCCAGCAAAGUUUCCCAGGCUCGGGGAGGAGGUGGAGGAAAGGCGACUAUGGGGAAACCCGCUGUCCCCAUCCCGGCCCCGCCAGGACCCGCUGUGGCUUCGGCGCUGCUGUCUGAAGGCUGAAGGGGACCCCCGGGGCACCUCCAGGCUCUUCCCCAGAUGAGGAGGAGCCGCAUCCAUCAGCGUGCCCAUCCCUGGCAGCUCCAGGUGAUGUCUCACGGAGCAGGAACUUCACUGAAAGUUCACUGCUGUGCUUCUGUUCAGCUCUAAACAAAAGCCUGAGCAGAGGCAAUGAGAUAUGACACUGGAGACAGCAGCAGAGAGCUCUGCCUCAGCUGGAGGUGUGGGAAAAUGUGAUACCCUGCGAAACGUGUUGGAAAUGGCUGGCUGAUCCCACUGGCCUGUUGAUGGUGAUUUCAAGGGAGCAGAAGACCAGAAAUAGCCUUCUCAGCAUUGUACGUACCUGUAAGGACUGAAGUGACCUCCGAGACUCACCUCAACAUGUUCAAUGAAAAGAGCAGCGCCUCUUUGACCCAUAAACCCAGCCAGAAAAAGACACGACCUCAGGGCCUCCCCUCCCCUGCCCUCUGCUGCGCGUGUGGACUUUGCAUCAUGCUGGCAGGGAUCAACAUCACUCUGGUGGGAGCAUUUGCAUUUGGGACCUUCCUCCCCGUGAACAACCCUCCCAUCAUCAUCGGACCCAUCUUGCUGGUGGUGGCCUUCACGUUCUUUGGUGCCUGCUGCAUCUGCAGCCGAAGGCUGCCUGCUCACGGGGCCAGAAAAUCCAAACCAGGUUCCAACAUCGGUCUCAUCAAACCUGGCAACACUGCCUUUGAAAUUGAAACUAGUGAGCACACGGUGCAGGAUACCACCGCUGUUCAGCUGAGCCCCACGAAUUCCCCCAUCUCCUCAAAGAAGUCCACGCCAGUCCAUGAGAAUGCGAAGGCUUGCAAACUCUUCACCAUGGAAGGCAAUGGGCCGGUGGCCAAGUACACACCAGGAGGAGAGGCAAUACAGCUCAACCUGCCCAGGGACCUGGCCGCAUCCUAAACCCAGGCAGAGUUUUGUUAGCAGCCAGCCAGAUGCUGCAAUGGGUGGGCUGGAAUCUGAGGCGUACCACUGGGCAAAGGUGUGGGGAAAGCGCUUGUGACAAGGCAGCAGGCAGACAGGCUUCUCUGAAUCAAUUGGAGGAGGAGGGAUGAAACAGCAGGAAUAUCUCGGAUUUUUGCUGAUAGGAACAUGCCCGUUACUUGGCUUUGCAAAGAAAACUGCUCAUGAUGUCGUUGUGAAAGGAUGAACUGGACAGUUCCUGGGGAAAGACUGGCUUUCGGGGGAGCAGAUUGGAAGAGGAGGAUGAAAUAACUUGUCUAGCAGGAGGCAGCAAUGUGAUGGCUGGAAGGAGGGGCUACGUGGGGCUGACAAAAUGACAGCUCUUUCUCUUCAAAAGUGAAGCAAUUCUUGAAUGUAAUAGAAACAGGAAUGCAGUAAAUUACAGCUUGCUGCCACUCGGUCACAAGACUUCAGCAUUUUAGGGCCAGGCUUUGUGGCAGUAGGGACAUAAUGUAUGUGUUUACUAUUGAAAAAGCAGUGUGAAGCAGUCUCCCUUCCUUUGGAAAUCCUUGCCCUAUUUUUUCCUUCAUCUGGGUGACUUUACCAUCUGUUAUAGAGACAAUUAAUCGUGGGGAUCACAGCAUUGGCAUUUUCCUUGUUUUGAUCACACUGGGUUGCAGGGGUGCUGCUCAAUGCAGUGUGUAUCUUGGAAGGUCAGCGUGGCUGAAUCCUUGGGAAGAAGCUCCUGGAGUAAAUGGAGGUUGGGAGGGCCUUGCAAAUGAAGUCUUUGGGCAGUGCUUGUGCCCUGAGUGCUGGGGGAGGUAUCUUCCUUCCCAUUGUUCUAUGGAAGUUGGGCCUGGGGCACAUCAGCUUGGGAGAGGGAACAAAUUGCUGAAUGGGCUUCGGUAGAGCUGUGCAGGAAGAUGCUUCUUUCCUGAGGAGGCUGCCAGAUCUAUUGCAUGCAGUGGGCAAACAGGUAUGGAACUCCUUGCUGCAGGAAACUGGCUGCUGAAGGAGCUGCUGGGCUUGCAGGUCAAUGGGAUGAGUUUGCAAAAGAGAAUGCUUGAAGAGCCACUCAACACAAAUGUACCUUCAGCUCAGAAAGACUCUGAGCUGUGCUCAGGGUGCUGUUUAUUGUUGGUGUUGUAUUCUUCCUUGGGAAGAAGUGCUAUGCUAACGGACCUCAUUUUCACCUGAAAAUUCACAUAUUUGGUGAGAUGUGGGACCAACGAGGAAGGAGAUCUCUGGGAGGCAGCAGCAGGAGGAUGGAUUUUGAGUGUACCUUGUCCAAAGUGCUCCCUAGCCUCCAAAACAUCAUUGCUUAGGAGCCUCUUGAGCUGGAAGUGGUGCCUGUGUUAAGCAGCCCUGAAUGGACUCCUGUCAACUUGUAUCAUCCAUGAUCCUGCAGCAUGGAGUUGCACAGCUUAAUGAGAGGCCAUGUAGAUCCCUGUCCUUGUUUUAUUUUCAGCCUGCACCCUACAUCUCCCCUUUGAUGCUCCAAGCUCCUGGAUUAGAAGGGCCAGCAAACAGCUUGUGCCUCCCCACUGCACUCAGGUUUUCUGGGGCCUUUGUCUCGUUUCUUUCAGUCAUCUGUUUCCUAUGGUACUUCACAUCUAUUGCUGUUAGAGGGACGUAAUGCUUUCCAGCUUGGCCAGCAACUCAUUCAGCCCAGAAUCAGUGCUUUGCUAGGCUGAGUGCGAGGCCAGCACAUAGGUAUAUGAGCAGCUGGAGGGGCUGAAGGGAAGAUGCUAGAGAAGGGAAGGCUGUGAUGUGCCCAAGGUUGUCCUGGGCCACCAGUAGACCUCUGUAAAGCAGACAGUGAGGGCUGUAGGGCUGGUGUGUUGGGAUAAGUGAUGGCAAAUGGGGUCACAGAGGAGCUGUGGUGAAGUCCAUGCAUGGGGUCCUGGUUGCUCUGAGGAGCUGUCAUGGAGCUGAAGGAUGAAUUUCAUUCUUCUAUGAGAGGGAAGCGAGAACUCUGGCUUGAAUGCUCCAACAGUUUGCUGCCUUUGUCAGUUUCUUCUACAUCAGGGAAUUACGUUCAUGGUUUUCAGCCUACUGGCUAGGAAGAGCAGAAGCAGGAGGAUUCAUGCCUGGGAAGAUGUAGGCUCAAAUCUAUGCUUCAGCCUCCCAAUCCUGGGCAAAUCAUUUAAUUGCUCUGUGCCCAGCUGCCUGCCUGUGCAGGAGGGCAAACAGCUGCUCCCAGCUCUGGAGAGCUGCUGUAAUGAUGAGCAACAAUGGGAAGUUGGAGGGUUGGUAUCGGCACACCUCAAUCUGCAGACUGCUUGAAGGUGGAUGGGUCUGCCUGGUCUGAUCUCUGCAUGGCCUCCUUUAGAGCUUGUUUUCACAGGUGAUCUCUGUUUCCAGCACUGACUUCUGUUUGGCUUGCAGCAGGCUCCCAUGGUUUUCACCUGCUGGUAAUUGCUAUAGGAAAUAAGCAGGAUAGCUUGCUGAUCCAGGUUUGGCUCCCAGGUUGCUGGCUCACCAGCACUUUGGAAUAGCAUACAAAGCCCUGAAGGUCCUUCAGAGGCAUUGCCCACAGGAAUAUAGUCACUGCAGUGCUUUUCUUUGGGCACUUGGAGGCAAAAAGUAGUAAAAUCAAGUGGUAACCAUGCAAAUUCCUCUUCUACUCAUUGAAGGCCUGAAAACUGAGUCUGGAGUAUGUGAUGCGUGCUGGAAUUGCUCCUUAUCGUGCUUGCACCAUGAAAUGCUAUCAGUGAUGGGUAAAACAAUGGCAGAUCCCACACAGGAACACCUGCUGCUUUCCAAAGCAUGGAAGCUCUGCUUUUUCCAUUUGAUAUCUUUUUGGGAUUUCCAUGUCUGUCUGUAACUGUGAUUAACAACUGUACUAAUGUCAUUGUGAAUUUGUGCCUUCUUCUUGUGUAGCAGGAGACAGGGAGGCUUUCUUGUGCUCCAAGUCACGGUUUCUAUUGUGAGAGUCUUUUUUUAAAAAGGAAAUUACUAUUUAUAUAUGUGCAAUGUGGAUUUUGGAGAAGACAGACUCAUUAAAAUAAUUGCGCUCGUUGAGCAUUUGGC